AUGGACUGUUCUGUUGCAUCCAGUCGGAGUUUGGCAUUUUCAAAAGCAACAGAAAUUAUUCCUUCGCGACAUCCAUUUUGUGAGCCAAAGAAAUAUGAGAAUAUUCAACUGUUGGACAAUCUCGCAGCUGCAAGAUUGUCAAGCAGAUAA